UAAGCACGUCUGCGCACGUACGGAAGUGUGUGACAGGCCGACGCGCCAAAUUAACAAAGACAGAAACAAAACAAGAGCAGCUCAUCGCCGAAGGAGAAGAAGAAAUAGAAGCAGAAGAAGAAGAACUAGAAGCAGGAGAAGAAGAAAUAGAAGCAGAAGAAGAAGAAAUAGAAGCAGAAGAAGAAGUUGACAGAAUCCAGCAGUGAACCCUCGUGUGGCAGCUCGAGAACAAACCGUUCACCCACCGGGAGAAUCUUCCGGUUAACGUGCUCCGUGCGGUUCCAGGAUGGGUUUACUCGAGCGGUGCCUGGAGCUGUUCAACACCUCCAGCCUGUACGAGGUGCUGGGCUCCGACAAGCAGGCGAGCGAGGCCGAGAUCCGGAGGAGCUACUACAAAGUGUCGCUGCAGGUUCACCCGGACCGAGCCCCCGAAGACCCGCAGGCCACCGAGAAGUUCCAGGUGCUGGGGAAGCUGUACGCUGUGCUGAGCGAUAAGGAGCAGAGGGCUGUCUACGACGAGCAGGGGCUGGUGGACGAAGAGUCUGACGUCCUGAGUCAAGACCGCUGCUGGGAGGACUACUGGAGAGUGCUCUUCCCUAAGAUCACAGUGAAUGACAUCCUUGAAUUCGAGAAGAAAUAUAAGGGCUCGGACGAGGAGCGGCAGGAUUUGAUCAAGCUGUACGUGCAGCACGAGGGAGAGAUGAACGCCAUCAUGGCCUCGGCUCUGUGCUGCUCCCAGGAAGACGAGCCCAGGCUCUGCAGCAUCAUCCAGGCGGCCAUCGAGAAGAAAGAGGUCACAGCGUUCCCAGCGUUUACUCAGGAGAGUGUCAAGAAGAAGAGGGCGCGUAGGAAGAGGGCUGACAGAGAGCGAGAAGAAGCAGAGGAAGCGCAGAAAGAGUUGGGGCUCGGUGAUGAGGAAGACAGUCUUGUGAUGAUGCUCAAGCAAAAACAGAAGUCCAGAGAACAGAAUUUCAACAGUUUCCUGUCUGACCUGGAGACAAAGUACUCGAAAAAAAGUGGGAAAUCUCCAAGAGGAGGGAGAGGGAAAAAGUGAAAAGCACACAAGCGCCGGUUUUAGCAGAUUAAUUCUCAUAGAGUUCAGAAACACCUUUUGUGGAUCAAUUUGAGCAUGUUGCCAAUCUGCUUCCUCACUGCUCCCUCCUCUACACCUCAUAACAAUUUCCUGUGCAGCGUUUAUUCAAAUGUAAAUCCUUUUUUUAUUUCUCGUCAUGUGUGUAUUUUGUUGUCAAUCUUCAUAAACACAAAUAAAGUUCAUAUUUAUAUAAA